UUUCAGUUGAUCGCUGUGAGGACAGUCUGCAGCAAAUGAGGAAGAGGUCAUGGGAGCCACCUGAGGCUACAGCUGAGCGGCGUGAGGACAAUCGUCAGAGAAUGAGGCUCACCAGGUCAUUGAAGCUGACAGACGCCACAGAAUGCGUCUUACUACAGAGGAGAAAGUAGAGCUGGGACUCAAGGAGCAGGGGACAAUCAAUCCUGCAUUUGGGGACAAAGACAGUGAUGAACAGCCACAGCUGUCGGUUGACAUCGGGGAGCCACACACAGAGGCCCUGGACGAGACUGUGGACAAAGGUGCAGAUUUGGUUUACUCCCUCAAUGACAGACCUCCGUGGUACCUCUGCAUACUGCUCGGCUUCCAGCAUUACAUCCUCGCGUUCGGGGGCAUCAUCGCAAUCCCACUGAUCCUGGCCGAGCCCCUCUGCAUAAAGGACAACAACGUCGCCAAAAGCCAGCUCAUCUCCACCAUAUUCUUUGUGUCUGGAUUAUGUACGCUACUGCAGACGGCUGUCGGUACCAGGUUACCGAUCCUCCAGGGUGGGACAUUCAGUUUCAUCACUCCGACCCUGGCCAUUCUCGCUCUGCCCAAGUGGCAGUGUCCAGCCCCAAAAGCAACUGUGAUGCUGUCCAUGCAGCUGCAGAACAGCACCAGCCCGCUGCAAAUGGAAAAUUCUGAUGAGGUCUGGAUGUCACGAAUGCGUGAGAUCCAGGGAGCUAUCCUGGUGGCCUCUCUGCUCCAGAUUGUCCUGGGUUUUUCUGGACUGGUGGGUCUUGUGCUGAAAUACAUUGGUCCGCUGGCUAUUGCUCCCACCAUCAACCUCAUCGGCCUGUCAUUGUUCAUCGAAGCUGGGAAGAAGUCUGGAGGUCACUGGGGAAUAGCUGCUCUAACGGUCUGUCUGAUCCUCCUAUUUUCUCAGUAUCUCAGCAAAGUCGAUGUUCCAAUGAUUGCUUACAAGGACAAGAAGUGGAAGGUUUUCCAGUAUCCCCUCUUCAAGCUCUUUUCUGCUUUGUUCGGGAUGUGUGGUGCCUGGCUGGUCUGCUUCUUACUGACCAUCUUUGACGUCUUUCCUUCAAAGUCCGAUGAGUAUGGCUUCUCAGCCAGGACAGACAUCAGCCUGGAUGCUGUGACAAACUCCCCUUGGUUCCAUGUGCCUUACCCAGGUCAAUGGGGUGUGCCCACAGUGAGUGUGUCUUCAGUGUUGGGUAUGAUGGCAGGCGUCUUGGCAUCUACCAUGGAAUCAAUUGGUGACUACUACGCUUGUGCUCGCUUGUCCGGCGCCCCUCCUCCACCAACUCACGCCAUAAACCGAGGUAUCGCAGUGGAGGGCAUCGGCUGCAUCCUGGCUGCACUGUGGGGGACUGGAAAUGGCACCACCUCCUACAGCCAGAACAUCGCUGCACUUGGCAUUACCAAGGUUGGCAGCAGACUGGUCCUCCAGACGACCGGCCUUCUGAUGAUCGUCCUGGGGAUCUUUGGGAAAUUUGGAGCAGUUUUUAUCACCAUCCCAGACCCGGUCAUCGGAGGCAUGUUCCUCGUUAUGUUUGGAAUGAUUGCAGCAGUGGGAAUAUCCAACCUCCAGUAUGUGGACCUUAACUCGUCUCGUAACCUGCUCAUCCUCGGCUUCUCUACCUUCAGCGGUCUUGUUUUACCUACCUGGUUUCACUCCAAUCCCGGCAUCAUUGACACAGGAAUAAAAGAGCUGGACCAAGUGAUUGUCGUACUCUUCACCACACACAUGUUCAUCGGAGGGUUCUUUGGGUUUAUCCUGGACAACACCAUUCCAGGCACUUGCAAAGAGCGGGGCAUCAAAAGCUGGCAAGAGAAGGUGCAACAGGGAAGCAAAAGCAUGUGCGACGAGUCGUGCUAUGACAUCCCUUUCUGCAACGGCCUUCUGAAACGGUUUAGAUGUUUCCAGUACCUGCCCUUCCUCCCUUCUUACAAGACCACCCAACCGGGGACAUCCUAGUAAUGAAGUGUUUACUUAUAGGGUGGCAUUGAUGCUGGUCUAUUAGCCCUAUAAAACAGUAGUUGAGGUUCCGUUAAACAAAUAAUAUCUAAACCUUACAUCUUCUUUAGGACUCAAAGUUCAAUACUUUUGUCCUUAUGUAGAGUAAAACAUUGAUUUGAACAUUUUAUUGAAUUUCAAAAACAAAGUUGAGGUACCGUCUCCUUACAGUUGGAAUCAAUAAACUAAAUACUCAAUGUCUAGGUUAAUAAAACAUCUGUAGUGCCUGAACAAGCAAAAAUCAGCAUUAUACACUUAUGAAUAAUCAUCAGUCCUCAAAGAGGUUGCGAAGACAUUAAUUAGACACUCGUCUAAUUUGUGAAAGAGAUAUUUUGAAGAUGAAACAUUUUUGUUAAUUUCAGAAAAUGUAACAUCUCUUGGAUGUGCAAAGCUUUUUGAGGCUUUCAGCAUGCACACAAUCUUUGCAUUACUCAUGUUUCACUUGUCUUUCACAGCCGAUUGACCUUGAAAUAGAUAUGCUCAAUAAACUGGUGCACUGUUCCGAUUCAGAGUCAGGUGUAAAGACUGAGUUAGUAUUCGAUUAAUGUGUCAUGAAGCUGCACAGAACCCACUGUUCAGGUGUUACACAUGUGUAGUAACCCAUACGUUUUCAAUAGGAUAAUUACUACCUCAUCAAGAACAGUAACUUACAGAAACAGCUAAUUAAUUAAAAGGCUUUUUCAUAAAAAUAUAUAUAUAUAUAUAUUAUGUGAUGUCUGUGUUCAUUAACAUUUCAUUAUUAAGGUUACUGCUUUAUACAUUUCAUUUUUGUUUUGUCACUGUAUAGAAGUCAAAUUUUAAUUUUUACAUAUGAUGCUUUUACAUUUAAGAAUAUAUAUAUGCAAUUUUACUAAUUUUUGCACUAUAAUUUUCAAUCAGUCCUAAGCUGUGACGGGUUGUUGUUAAAUAAAUUCUGAAGUUAAUAUAGA